CGUCCCGUCCCGCGCAUAUCCGUAACUGUGAGUCUAAUUAAUGCUUUAAGCACGUCAACGUCAUUCGCCGUUUGUCUUUCAUCUCAAAAAAAAUUACAACUAAGUUGUUUUCAAUUAGCAACUACUUGCGUAGCCAUUAGUGACGGCGUACUAAAUCGAAAUAAUAGCAGAUAUGACAGAAUCUGCCUCUCAAUCCCUCCGGAUCGGCUUCGUGCCGGAGCACUUUUCCACGCCGCUCUACUUCGCUCAGAAGUACUUUGGUCUAGAAGCCACCUUGAUUCCGUUUCCCUCGGGAACGGGGCACAUGAUUACUGCUAUUCGUUCCGGCGAGAUCGAUGUCGGCAUCGGCCUGACAGAAGCUUGGGUCGCCGGUCUUGGCAAGGAAGAUGCGCCUGGUGACGGAGGUUAUCGCAUCGUCGGAACUUAUGUUGAAACCCCUCUAUGUUGGGCAAUUUCAACCGGCGCCAAACGGCCUGAAAUUACUUCCGUGUCCUCUUUAAAAGGGUCCAAGAUCGGAAUCUCACGCAUCGGCUCCGGCAGCCACGUAAUGGGCUUCGUACUAGCCGACCAGCAGGGCUGGCUGACGCCCGGUUCGGCGCCGUACUCGGACUUCGUGGUGCUGCAGAACUUUGCCAACCUCCGGAAGGCGGUCAACGACGGUACGGCCGACUUCUUCAUGUGGGAGCACUUCACGUCGAAGCGGUACUACGAUAGCGGGGAGAUCCGCCGCGUCGGCGAGAUCUACACGCCCUGGAGCAGCUGGAAGAUCGUGGCGUCGACCGCGCUGCUGCCGGAGCAGAAGCCGGAUAAACGGCUCUUCGAUCUGUUCAACAAGCUUGACGAGGGCAUCCAUUACUUCGCUUCGCAUCAGGACGAGGCCGUCAAGUAUAUCAGUACGGAGCUGGAUUACUCGGAAGCGGAUGCGAGAGAGUGGCUUCGCACGGUGCGAUUUGCUGCUAAGACAGAAGGCGUCGAUUUGAAGGUUAUUCAGAACUGUGUUCGUAUCCUGCGCAAAGCGGGAGUUUUGGCUGAGGGCAAGGGUCUACAACCGGAGAGCAUGCUGGUUAAUGGACUUGGUGCUCAAUAUCCAGCAUAAGAUACACUGGCAUCUAGGUUCAUAUGGAAUAAGAAAAUAAAUUCUAUCAAACGGAAGUAUUACUUCUAUUAAAAUGGGUUUAUUUUCUAGCUAACUUAUUGAUAUUGAUAUUGUAUUCGAACCAGGUCGUUAGGGUCUUACUGAAUAUAACAUGCUAUGUAUAAGUUCCGGUCAUUGCUCUGCCCCACAUUGCAGUUCUAGCUUUUCCACAUUGAAGUUGACUGGCUGAUAUCCUAUCUCAUAUCUUACCUUUGCCAAAUCAAGCUUCCCUUCAACAAACCCAAACCUUAAGACGGCUACUUUCCUUCUUACGUGUCGCGCCAGGACUUUACGUCUCGGAAUAUACACCUAUUAAAAUAAAAACUCCUCUACUAUCUACAGAAUUAUUCAUUUAUACCCAAUACCUACCUAAUUACAAAGAGAUCCUCCCAAAUGUCAUCCACUACCUUCGCCCGCCGCCUCCGUCCAGCCCGCCUCUUCCCAGCAUCCUAUCCCAGACCUUCGAACCCAGCCACACCAAUACAUCAUCAUCAUCCUCUCCGCACUCGAUCCAACCCCCAUCCUCGAAGCAGACGCUUCCAGUCCUCCAAACCACCCACCUCCCCCUCAUCUUCCUCUGCCUCCGCAUCCCAAGCCCGCCAAACCCGCCGCUUCGACGCGCUCCUCGCGCGCACGAGCCGCUGGAUCCCGCGGCCCCUGCGCCCGUACCUCGCGCAG